AUGUUAAAAAGGUAUAUGUUAAAACUUUAUAAACUAUUAUAAGUCAUUUAAGGCAAGAAAAUGAUAAACUCCAUUACAGAUUGAAUUUCACUCGCUUAUCGCUAUCUUCCUAAUUUAAAAAAUAAUUAUAUAUUUAUUUUAUAUACAUAUUUAUUUCUUGUAACUGUGCCUAUUACAAACACACCUACUAUGUUAAUUCACGGUGCAAAUAAAUUGUUAAAAAUUAAGGGCUGGAAAAGUGUCUGUAACUUAAGUUUGUGCACACCAAAAUAUGCUCAAACGUGGUAUCCUGAUAUUGAAUAUUUAAAGAAGUUCAAUAAUCCAGUCAUGUAUCCUGAUGAGGUAACAUCAAAAUGGAAAAUAGAACAUUGGACCACGGAAGUCGUACCCAAAGAAAAAAAAUUCAAAACAGUGCAGCUUAAUUUUGGUCCGGCACACCCAGCCGCACAUGGAGUACUGAGGCUGAUCCUUGAGCUUGACAGUGAGGUGGUUGUGAGAGCCGAUCCUCACAUAGGACUCUUACACAGAGGGACUGAGAAAUUAAUCGAAUAUAAAACUUAUGUUCAAGCUCUUCCUUAUUUUGAUAGGCUUGACUAUUCGUCAGUCAUUUACAAUGAACUGGCAUACUGUCUUGCUGUUGAAAAAUUGCUCAACAUCGAAAUCCCUUUAAGAGCAAAAUAUAUCAGAACAAUUAUGUCUGAACUCUCAAGAUUGCAAAAUCAUCAGGUAUUCUGUGGCACUCACAUUUUGGAUAUAGGCGCAAUGACUCCAUUUUUCUGGCUGUUCGAAGAAAGAGAAAAGUCUUUUGAGUUGUUCGAGAAGUGCUCUGGAGGAAGGAUGCAUAGCUGUUAUUUCCGACCAGGAGGCGUAGCACAGGACUUUCCGAUGGGACUACUAGAAGAUAUAUAUGAUUACUGUUUAAACUUUAGAGAAAGAAUUGACGAAAUGGAAGACAUGGUAACAAACAAUCCUAUAUUUAAAGAGCGUACCGUUGGCAUUGCAGUUCUUUCUGCAGAGGACGCUCUCAACUCCAGUUGCUCUGGAGCAAUGCUGCGUGGUUCAGGAGUAAAGUGGGACUUAAGAGUUGAACAGCCGUAUGAUGCUUACCCCUUUGUCGAUUUUGAUGUGCCAAUAGGCUUAAAUGGAGACACAUACGACAGAUAUUUGGUCCGUGUGCAAGAAAUGAGAGAGUCUUUGAGAAUAAUUGAACAGUGUUGCAAUCAGAUACCGGAGGGUGAAAUAAAAGUCGAUGACAUUAAAAUAUCGCCACCGACAAGAGCUGAAAUGAAAAAUUCCAUGGAAGCAUUGAUACACCACUUCAAGCUGUUUUCCCAAGGCUUCCAAGUGCCACCUGGUGCAACAUACACAGCCGUAGAAGCACCCAAAGGUGAAUUUGGAGUUUACCUGGUAUCGGAUGGCACCUCGAGGCCUUACAGGUGUAAAAUACGAGCAGCAUCAUACCCCCAUCUUGCUCUUAUGAGUGAAAUGAGCCCUCGUCUGCUGCUCGCAGAUGUAGUCGCACUAAUUGGCAGUAUAGACAUCGUCUUUGGAGAAAUUGAUCGUUGAUGUAGGGAGCUCAGGGGAAAUAAAUAAUAACAAAAACUUCUGAAAAUAU